UUAGCAGUGAAGCAGAGGUGUGCACUGUGCAGUGUAGCAGGUGUGCCCCUCCCCUCCUGUGUCAUCCCCACUGAAGUCAUCGGAGUGCGCUAUGGCGUGUCUGAGCAUGGUGAAGGCGGUGCUGGCGCGAGGCCUGUUCGUCGUCCACUCGUUCAUCACCGUCUGGAAGGUGGUGGACGUCAAGGGCGGCAACACGUCCUACUGGUUCCUGCUGACCGCCGUGCUGCUGCUCAUCUUCGAGGGCAUGGUGUCAGUCUGUGGCAGAUCGGGCAAGGAGCUCAAAUGGUUUUGUCCGAGCGUGUUUCUGUACCUAUGCUCCAUCGUGCCGCCGCUCUGGAUCCUAGAGCUGGAUCUCGCCAAAGAGAAGUGGUCAACCAAAAGAAACACAACCGCCGUCUCCGUGGAGAAGCUCUCACAGAUAUUGGACUUCGAAAUAGCUAUUUACCUGCCUCGCCAGCAGUGGGCUGAGGUCUUGGAACAGCUGCUCCUUGUCUUUCUAAUUGUCGGCCGCUGGUUGUUACCAAAGGGGGAGCUGUCUCGAGAACAGCUGUCUCAACUACUGCUCGCCUACCUGGGUCUCUCAGCCGACAUCAUUGAGUUGUUUGAGGCAUUCGACUGGCAAGAGGUCAUCGAAAAUACCGAGCUCACCUACAUUAUUUUGGGUAUCUGGUCGUGGUCUCUGCUGCAAUUCACCCUGGUCCUGACGGCGUCUCGCGGCCGGAAGCCCCGUCUCGGGAUGGAUUCUCCGCGAUCCAGUUCGCGUGAGGGUCCCACCUGUGAGGACUGGGCCGACAUGGACAUUAUCGCCAUUGUCUGCACGGUGCUGCUGCAGGACGGACCCUUCCUGCUGCUCAGGUUGGUGUUGAUUUUCCGGUACAAGGUGGUGUCUUACAUGAACAUAUUUUUCACAUGUAAGAACAGCUUGGUGACCAGUCUCCAGCUGUACCGGCUCUUCGUCCUGUGCUGCGAACGGCAAGAUCUCCGUCGGAGUGCCUCGGAGGAUGACUGGGAGAGCGGCUCUCUCUCCAUCACCGAAUCAGAAGCAGCUCACAGUUCCGUCCGCCCUGAGAGUCCCGGUUCAGCCACGGUGACCGAGGUAUCCUACGAGCCUCCGCCCUCCGUCCGACGUCGACGCUCCUCGCUACUGCCGAGUCGCCGCAAAUACUCGGGAAGAGACACCCCUUCUACCACUGCCGAGUCGACGCUCUCCCGGAGGCAGCUGCGCCGGCGACAGCGGCUGCUGCAGCUGGCAGCUCGACAGACAGCUCGCGGCUCCACCAGGCGUCGCGAAGGCUCCACAGAGGGUCGGGGGAACGUACAGGUGGAUGCGGUCGCUGGAAGACGCGGUCGAGAGGUGGGAGCGCUUCCUGCGGGCCUGAGUUCCAGUGAGAGUGAGUUAGAUGUGCUUCGCCGUGCUGCGCCGGUUGAGACGGAUGAUUCGGAGGGCCACCACACCUCUAGAUCACUGAGUUUCCAGUGUCUUCGUGAGCUGGAGCACCUGCACUGGAGCGCUACAUCGAGAACAGAACGAAACGGUGGUGAGAUCAACUGCAGCAGGCGAAAAGCAAGGCCCGAAACGCUGCCGGGACUCAGUCGCCUGAUUCAAGAAGAAGCACUUGUGCACCACAAUAACCCACAAUCACCCACUUCGGUGAAGUCAGUUUCGUUCAGGCAUGCACCGGCAGCAAUCAUAGCGCCACCUAGAAUACAUGUUGAGCCCCCAAGCCGGAGGAUGUCUAUAGAGGUCGCGCCGAACACUUUUAGUGGCCGUGGAUCGACCAGACGAGAUGGGUCUUCCAGUUGGCGGUCGACAGACGGUGCUACGGGCGGCAGAGCGCCGUCGCCGAUGGGCAGGAUGAAUCUCUUGCGUGUGCUGUCCAAAUCCAUUUCGCCUGUGAAUGGUGGUAGCAGCGGCAGACAGAGGGAGGAAGCGGGGAGGACAGAGGGUGGGAGGCACCGCUCGCGGAGAAAGAGACAGGAGAGCUAUGUUUGAUUUAGGUCCAUGACUUAGGUUAUAACGAUAGGUAAUAUGCCUUCAAUGUCGAUGGCGCAAGAAGAGAAAUGUUUUGAAAUCAGUGUUGUUUUUCUGGAACAAUUGUUUUGCUAAAUAAACUGCUGACGAAUACCCGAUAUG